CCCCUCAAGCGGCCACGUUGCUGUAUUUAUUUCUGUUUUAUUUUAUUUUCCGGGUUUUUUGUUUUGUGCUACUGGGAUGGGGGGAAAUCCUUAAUUUACUGCGUCAGAGCUACGUCGGCAUGUAUUCAGUUUCCAUGCUGUUCAGGUAAUCUGCGGCGGCCAUAUUCACAUCUAUAGGGAUAUAUCGGAGUCUCUCAAUUUAUAAGGAGCAGGGGCUGGGGGACGGGGUGACAGCGGCGCCCUACACGCCUCUACGAAGUCCGGGAUACAAGCUAUAAAUUCACUCUUUGGUUGAAGAACGAGGGCUUUUUUAACCCAGCCGGUUUGUGCAAUGGAAAAAAAACUGCAGUGUGAAAUAAUGGACUAGUCUGAUUGCACGAUGCCUUUUUCCCAAUCGCAAGAUUGCUGGCACAAAAUGGAGGUGCAUACCGUUACUGGUGAGGUGAAUGGGCACCCAGUCAUGGACGAGCCGAUGGAGGAGGGAGACCCUCUCCCACACUGUGAAGACGGUGCCUACAAGGAGAUCCCCAUCACCCACCAUGUAAAGGAAGGUUGCGAGAAAGCCGACUCGUCCCAGUUCGAGCUGCUGAAGGUCCUCGGUCAGGGCUCCUUCGGGAAGGUAUUCCUUGUUCGGAAGAUGGUGGGCCCAGACGCCGGGCAGCUAUACGCCAUGAAAGUAUUGAAAAAAGCUUCUUUAAAAGUGAGGGACCGAGUUCGGACCAAGAUGGAGCGGGACAUUCUAGUGGAAGUCAAUCACCCCUUCAUUGUGAAGCUGCACUAUGCCUUUCAGACUGAAGGGAAGCUGUACUUAAUACUGGAUUUUCUCAAGGGCGGGGAUGUCUUUACCCGCUUAUCCAAAGAGGUUAUGUUUACAGAGGAGGAUGUGAAAUUCUACCUUGCAGAGCUGGCCCUUGCAUUGGACCAUCUUCACAACCUAGGCAUUGUUUACAGAGACCUGAAGCCUGAAAACAUUUUGCUUGAUGAAGCUGGACAUAUCAAGUUAACAGACUUUGGGCUCAGUAAAGAGUCGGUAGACCAAGAUAAGAAAGCCUACUCUUUCUGUGGCACUGUGGAGUACAUGGCCCCUGAGGUGGUCAACAGAAGAGGACACACCCAAAGUGCUGAUUGGUGGUCUCUCGGAGUUCUCAUGUUUGAAAUGCUAACUGGAACGUUACCGUUCCAAGGGAAAGACCGCAACGAGACCAUGAACAUGAUCCUCAAAGCCAAGCUGGGAAUGCCGCAGUUUUUGAGCACCGAAGCACAGAGCCUCCUAAGAAUGCUGUUCAAGAGGAACCCGGCAAAUCGCUUAGGGGCAGGUCCUGAUGGCGUGGAGGAGAUCAAAAGACACCCCUUCUUUUCCACCGUAGACUGGAACGAGCUGUACAGGAGAGAGAUCCAGCCUCCAUUCAAACCGGCCUCAGGGAAGCCAGAUGACACAUUCUGCUUCGACCCAGAGUUCACCGCCAAGACUCCCAAAGAUUCCCCGGGCGUGCCACCCAGUGCCAAUGCUCACCAGCUCUUCAAAGGCUUCAGCUUUGUGGCGCCCCCCUCCAUGGACGAGAGCAAGCCGGCCCCCCCAGUCAGCUUCCUCCCUGUCGUGCAGCAGAUGCACGGAGGUAGUGCUCAGUUCUCGGAGGCAUAUGAGCUGAAAGAGGAUAUUGGUGUCGGCUCCUACUCCAUCUGCAAGCGGUGCGUCCACCGGGUCACUGGGACGGAGUUCGCCGUCAAGAUAAUAGACAAAAGUAAGAGAGAUCCAUCAGAGGAGACUGAGAUCCUCAUGCGAUAUGGUCAACAUCCCAACAUAAUCACGCUAAAAGAUGUAUACGACGAAGGUCGCUUCGUGUACCUGGUGACAGAGCUGAUGAAAGGUGGAGAGCUGCUGGACAGGAUCCUCAGGCAGAAGUGCUUCUCCGAGCGGGAGGCCAGUGCUGUGCUGUACACCAUCGCCAAGACCGUGGACUACCUACACUGCCAGGGGGUGGUCCACCGGGACCUGAAGCCCAGCAACAUCCUGUACAUGGACGACUCGGGAAACCCCGACUCCAUCCGCAUCUGCGACUUCGGCUUCGCCAAGCAGCUGAGGGGCGAGAACGGCCUGCUGCUCACGCCCUGCUACACGGCCAACUUCGUGGCCCCUGAGGUCCUGAUGAGACAGGGUUACGAUGCCGCCUGUGACAUCUGGAGUCUCGGGGUGUUGCUGUACACCAUGCUGGCAGGGUACACCCCCUUCGCCAACGGCCCCAACGACACCCCCGAAGAGAUCCUGCAGCGAAUCGGCAGCGGGAAAUUCUCCCUCAGUGGAGGCAACUGGGACGGCGUGUCUGACACCUCCAAAGACCUGCUGUCCCACAUGCUGCAUGUGGACCCUCACCAGCGCUAUUCCGCGGAGCAGGUCCUCAAACAUCCCUGGAUCUCCUGCCGUGACCAGCUGCCGCACUACCAGCUGAUGAGGCACGAUGCACCGCACCUGGUCAAGGCAACCAUGGCUGCCACAUACUCUGCGCUGAACCACAAGUCGGGGCAGCCCAUCCUGGAGCCAGUGGCAGCUUCCAGUCUGGCCCAGCGGAGGAGCAUGAAGAAGCUCACCUCCACCGACCUAUAGUGACCUUCCUCACUCUGCCACUGCAACCAGCCACCCCCCCAUUCCACCCCUCCAGCCCUCAUCCUUCCAGACCCCCACAGAACCUGCACUGACAUCAGGGAGGCUGCCUGUCCAAUCAGGGCCCAGGGAAAUUUGAAUAAAUCCUAAUAACAUAUAUGUUUGUGUACGUGAUCUGACAAGCAUCCUUGGUGAUGUAUAUAAAUAUACAGUAUAUAUAUUUUUAAAUUAUUUAUUCAUCCUAUUAGAACUCAGCGCUCCCUCGCACAAGCUGAGGUAAAACACCAGCUCUCUCUCUCACAUACACACACGCAAACACACACAUACCCCCGUCCUCAAUUCACUGUGACCGGCCGACCCGAAGCUGCUUUAGUGAACUGUGCAUCACGUUUUCGUCCGAGCGACGAUCCGCUCCUCCCUUCCCCGGGCCAUCGGUCCGUGCUCAGAGACGCCGACACCCCUUUAUCUUUCAUCUCCGGGAAAGGCUGACGCUCCUGGGAGGAGCGUUAUAAGUCGGGCACUUCGGAAGUGGCAUCGGCGCUGGAGAUCUUGCGUCGGACCGUGGCCUGGGACUAGUCAGAAAUCGUUAAGUGUGAAAUCACAUCUAGAGGUGCAGAAAGGGAAAAAAUAAAACGUUAAAUUUACAGUGUUUCUAAUUCAGAAUCAGAGAAGUCUGUGCCUGGCUUUUUUUCGUUUGUGGGAAGUGGAGCUUUCUUUCAGUGCUCGGUUUAAUAAAACACGUACUUAUUUUUCAUUUCACUGAUUAUGUUUCCUGCGUUCAGCGCUUUCCAGAGUAUUGCUCUUUAAGAUCAGUGUUUUUUGGACCACUGCGCUCGUUUUUCUCGCUUUCCUUCUGAUUUUCAAAGCAUCUUUUUCGAUUGUAUUCUUUGGCUGAUUUAAAUUGAACAAAAAUGUUUAACGAAAAUGUUGCAACAGGUUAAAACGUAAAACCUUGUUGGUACAGUGUUAAUUCUGACGGGUGGACUGUGGGUCUGUGAGUGGGGAUGAACUGUCAUGAUUUUCUUCACCGGCAUUGUGGAAAUUGUAUCAUACUGUAUUUAUUUCGUUUAGUUUUUACAAAUAUAUUUUUCUUUGGAGGUCUGUAUAUAUUGACAUUAAAGAUCAUUAUUGA